AUGGACUACGCCAGCCUUCGCGCCGCAGCCCUGCGCGACGGAGAAGACGAGGAGGCAGUCACUGUCGAUACCCGCGCUCUGAUAGACAAGGUCCUGGCCAGGUAUUCUGGCGAAUGGACUACCCUUCGAGAACUUAUCCAAAACGCUGCUGAUGCACAAGCCACGACCGUCAUUGUGAAGUGGGAGACAAUUCCUUCGAUCCAAGUCCCCGUGCCCAACGCGACGAGUCGAUCCGAAUUGCUGAAACACGCCCUAGCGAACCAUACACUACGCCGCCUGGUCGUGCAGAAUGAUGGCCAGCCGUUUACGAGAACUGACUGGGGUCGGUUGAAGAGGAUUGCUGAGGGUAACCCCGACGAGACCAAGAUCGGAGCAUUCGGCGUCGGGUUCUAUAGCGUCUUUGCUGACUGCGAAGAGCCAUUUGUGAGCUCCGGAAGCGAAGCCAUGGCUUUCUACUGGAAGGGCAAUUCCCUCUUCACUAAAAAGUCUCAUAUACCCGAUGGACAGGCGAGCAGGAACACUGCUUUUGUAUUAGAUUACAGGAAUACAACGACCCCUUUGCCGAAUCUGCUCUCAGUUUGUCAGUUUCUGGCCACCAGCUUGACGUUUGUGGCCCUGCAAAAUAUUGAAUUUUGGAUCGACGACUAUCAAAUACUCUCCCUGAAGAAGAAGUCAUCCCCUCCCGCAGACCUAACAUUGCCUCGAGACCUGGAAGCGAGGACGAAAGAAGGUCUCAUGAAGGUCAUUGGUGUCGACCGGACCCGGACCCAAAUUGAUGCCUCAUACAUGAGUGUCAUCGGCUGGAAACCGCGAACUACAGCCUCGAACGCCAAGAACGCCGACACAUACGUUUCAAACGAGGCCUCAUCUCUUCGGUCUUUUUUCGCACGGCUCACUGCGACUGCUUCGCAAUCUGGAUUGCGCUCAAAGGCGCAGAGCGAGGACAACCUCGUGCAGCCGCAGAUCGCCGAGGACGUCACUAAACUGAUUCCGUCUUCAAUAUUCCUGAGCACCACUUCCGCCGCCAUACGAUCCAAUGUAUCGUCGGCUUUUGCGUCUGAACUCGAGAGAGCUACGAAGAAGCUUCCCCCCAAAACAACCAAGAUUUCUGUCCUCACAGCGUCGUACGACGAGACUGUGGCGUCUGGGAGCUCGGCUGCUGAUGCCGCCUUUGGGAAAGCUACAGAUGUGUUCGCUUCUGUUCUGCCAAAUAAGAAACCGGGUGGCCGUAUUUUUAUUGGAUUUCCAACCAUGCAGACAACUGGUGCUGGGAUGCAUGUCUCAGCACCAUCGGUCAUCCCAACCGUGGAGAGAGAAGCCAUUGAUCUCAACGCAAGAUGGGUCAGGACCUGGAAUGUAGAGCUCCUUCGAGCCGCUGGAAUUGUGACUAGGUUGGCAUUCUCUAAUGAAAUGAGCGACCUGAGUCGCAGUAUGCAAACAGCCAUCGAACAUGGCAAGAAAUUCUCUGGCGCGGCCAUGUCCAAGUUUAUGCCCGAGGCCCUCCAUAUUCUAAAUACUUUCACAUUCAGUGACUCGACACCCAGCAGUCAAGUCGCUCAGAUCAUGGAGGAGGCCUUUUGGACAUGUUUCAACAAGGCGUCUAUCGAAAUGUUCUCUAACCAAGGCGUGCUACAGACCACACAGGUUCGCCUCGGAUCGGAUGAACUCAAUGGUUUUGUGGAGAGUAUCCCUGUUAUCCCGGAAGAGAUGAAGAGCUCCCCGUUUGUCAGGAAGUUAAUAGAUUUUGACCUUGUCUCUCACAUUACGGUUACUGAUGUCAAGAAGGAGCUUGAAGCAAAAGCUCUGAGUAAAUCUCAAAUGAUCAAGUUCAUCUCCUGGGCAGGAAAGAAGAGUGUGAGCGGCGAACUCGAUCCUGGCAGCAGAGCCGCAUUGCUGGAGGUUGCUGUCGCGACGAUGGGUGAUGAAGAAUCUCAGGGCGACAUUGUCGCACUUGGCAGCAUCAGUAAUUACCUGAGUCCAAGCACCAUUCCGGCGCAUAUGCCAACACCACCGACAACCGUCCCUUUUCCCCUCACGGCCAACACUCACCAUUCGGAACUGCAGGCUCUGGGUUGGGAACCCCUACAAGUUUUGCCUUGGUUCCGCUACUUGUUGGAAACGACAAACAAUAGACCAGACGAAGAGAGCGUGACAAAAUCCUCGAGAUUUGCCGUACAAGUGCUGGUCAUUCUUUCCAAGAGCUGGGAUACACUCUCCAGCAAGGACAAGGCAACUUUGGCCGCGCUGGUUCAGGGUCAUGCGGUAAUACCAACCAAGCUCAGCUUGAAACGACCUGGGGAAUCAUUCUUCUCGUCUGUAAAGUUAUUUGACGACUUGCCCGUCAUUCAAGGCUGUGAAAAGGUCAAGGAUAAGUUUUUGGCAGCAGUCGGUGUGCGAAAGACAGUUGAUUUGGAAACCAUCUUCACACGACUGCUGGCUCACUCGGGCGACAGCAGGCAGAAGAGAUGGAGCCACAUGGAGCUUAUCAAGUACUUGGCCUCAGUGCAAAACGACAUCCCCUCUGAUGACCUGAAGAAGUUGAGAGAAACAAGAUUCUGCCCUGCCGAAGCAGGGCCCAAGGGAAUGGAACCAACAGAGGCUACGAAAUCACUAUACCAAGUGUGUGAGCUUUUUGAACCCAAAGAGGCUCUCCGUGCUCUCAGACUCCCUAUUCUGCAGUGGCCAGGUCCUCCUGGUAGCUUUCGUGCCAGCAGUCCUGAGGGGAGGUUCUUGACUGCGCUUGGAUUACGGGCGUUUCCCUCGGUGCCAGAACUUGUGGAAAUGAUGGCCUCCAAGGAUGAGGCACUGCGCACUUCUUCCAUGACCUACUUCAUUGCAAACCAUCACAUUAACCGGUACGGAGUGUUUAAUAUGAGUGAGGCCCGCAAAGCCAUUCUUCCCCUGCAAGGCAGCACGCAACUUGUCGCACCUUCAGCAUGUUUCACCAACGAGAGGGCUGCAGUUCUUGGUUUCCACAUCUUCAAGAGAGACCUCCACGACCACGCAAAUAAAUUCGGUGUUGCCCGAGAUCCGCCAAUGGUCGACUGCGUCAACCGUCUUUUGACCAGCCCGCCCAAAGACCGCCAAUCCGCCACCACUUUAUUCAGCUACUUUGCCUCUCGAAUCACGGAAGUCCGCGAAAACAGCCUGGUCAAGCUCCGAAACGCUCCCAUUGUGCCAGCCUCAAGGCCAAGCAUUGUUCGCUCAUCUACAUCGUCUAGUCAAAAGGUAUCAUACGUCAGUCCAUCUCAGGCAUAUCUGGGGAAAUCUGCCACUUAUGGCGACAUCUUCGACUUUGUCGACUUUGGUCAGGAAGCGAACUCGUUUCUGUUUCACUGCGGAGCAAAGAGUGAGCCUACCAAGCCUGAAGUCGCACAUAUGACGUGCGCCGAGCCUGCAAGGCUGCUCAGCGUGCUGCAAAGCCCAGAGAGAUAUAUGGAUCUCCUCAAAUCUCUUGCCGAGGCAUCAUCCACUCUUCAUCGUGACAAGGAGUUGUGGCGGAAGCUAAAAACUGCCCCUUGUCUGCUCGCGUACAAGGAAAUGGCGCCCGCAAACAAAGGCGAUUUGAUAGACCUGGAUGAGGUUGAAGCACCAAUCAAACAGUAUCAGCUGGCCUCGGCCAGUCGCAUUGUAGUCGUGGAUGAUAUUAUCAGCUAUCGGCUGUUCAAGGACUACCUAGUUUGCGCUCCAGAAGAGGACGCCCUGGAAACAUUCUAUCUCCAACUCGGCGCUGAGAAGCUCAGCAGUGUCGUCCAGGAGGACGUGCGGAUUGGCCCUCACACAGCCAAGCAGAAAAAAGCAGAACAACUGCGGAAGCGUGUUGUAGAGAGGUCAAAGAUAUUUCUCUUUGAGUACGCAAGCUAUCGACGUGAUGCCGUCAAGCACGACGCCAAGUGGCUCGAGAAGAACUUGCGCGUAGAGAUGGUCCGCUCAGUGGCCCUGCGCCGUACAUUGAAAGGGCAGCGGCAAUCACACACGGAGAAGCGCUCCGCGGCUGGUGCUUACGAGGACCGAGCGUGGGUUCUGUACGUCGCCGACGACGGCCAGCCGGAUAUGUAUCAAGUUGGUCAGGCCGUGUGCCAAAUGCUGUUGAACCGCCCAAACCAGCAGGCCUACCUGUUCUUCGAACCAUUCCUCGCUCUGGACCUCUUUGGUCUCCGGGCACGCGGUUACAACGUGGACCGCAUCCUCCGUGCCAAAGCUGCCGAGGCAAGAAUUGCGGAAGAGGAGAGACGGAAAGCGCUACAAGAAGAGCAAAGGAGGAUUCAGGAACGGGAACAGGACUGGGCCCAACAGGGGAAAGCAACCGACGAAAGCAAGAUUCGUGAACUCCCCAGCGCAGCCGAGGCUGCCAGACAAGUGGCUCGCACUCCAGAGCAGCCGGCCAAACCGACGAUGCCGGGCGCGUGGGGUUCGCCGGACGAUGCCGCGGCGGACAGCCCUCAGCAGUCAAAGAAGGGCGGUGGUUUGUUCUCGAACCUCAGCCGCCGGUUGGGAUUCGACAGUCAAGACGGAACCAGGGAUGAUGCCAAGACGCAGCUGGAACAGUUCAUGGGCAACACCACGACGCAAGGCGGGACUGGCUCGACCACCGGAGCGCAGGAAAAGGAUACCGGACGGCCCCAGCAGGAUGAUGGGAGGGUCACCAGUCCUGCUGUGGUGCAGCAAAACCUCCUCAACGCCGUACAAGCGACCCGAGCCCACGGAUCUGACCACGUCUUCUCCGAGCCCAAGGUCAACCAGGUCAAGGAGCAAGCUACGUAUUGCGAUCAAACUCCAGCACAACACAUAUCAUUUGCGGCAGAGUCCUCCAACGGAAUGAAGGUCUACGUAGCAAAAUCCAUGCAAGGAGACGCAGCGACCUUUCUGUCGGCCAACAUAGGCCCCAUCAAUUCCUUCUCGUCGCUACUAGUUGAGAUUGGCAGCGUCUACUCGUUGUCGCCCUCGGUUCUGCACAUAUUCUACGACGAAUCAGGGGGCACCAUUGCAUUUAACACGGGAGGAAGCAUAUUCUGCAAUUUCCGAUUCUUUCUACAAUUACACUCUGCACAUGUCCAGAGCGGAAGCGGGAAAGCCGAAGCUGCUACCUGGUGGUGGGUUGUGCUGGCUCACGAGUUGGCUCACAAUCUCGUCUCUCCACACAAUUCGGACCACAGCUACUACACGGAGUCGUUUAUCCAGCAAUACAUGGCAAAGAUGGUAGCCAAAGUCACGCAAAUCGCUGCCGCGGGACACGCCCCGGCCGUGCCGCCGCCGCCACACCCUCCCCGACUACCGGCCAAUGCGGCCUCUGCUCAACCCGAAAUGCCGCCGCCGCCUCCGUAUACCCCCGACGCAAGCCAGACGGGAUAA